UUCAAAGAACUGUGACUUAAUUUUUCGCGGGAGUUUUUAGAUGAACAAUAUUUAGAAAAGUUAGACAACAAAGUUUAAAGCAGUCACAUCCAAUGACGACAUUACUACAAUCAUUCAAUUAUGUUUUUAUUUUUCUUUAUUUUUUCUUGAUACCAAGUGUUCAGACAAAGCAACUGCUAGAAAGUACAGAAAAUUCAACAAAUUCAGCCUUCAAUGAAAAUGACAACAGAAACAUUUCAUACUUAAAAACUGCAGCAGAAACAUCAAAUGUCAGUUCAGAUAUCCUUGAGAGGUUUUCUGAUCAAACAAUUCAAAAAUUUACUCCACAACCAACUACCACCUUGACAACAGUGAAAUACAAUGUACUGUCAACAUCAAAGCCACAAAUUGCUACAACAACUUCUUUGGCUGAUGAUGGAGCAAAAGCAGAUGACUGUUUUACUACAAUAGAAGCUACCUCUGGUCACAUCUUCUCUCCAGUAUAUGAUGAAAAAAAGAAAAUACUGCAGUGCGAUUGGAUGAUUAUUGUUCCAGACGAUUAUGUCACUAGGUUAAAGUUCUUGACAUUUGACCUUCCUUCGAUGUCAAAUGAUAGGUGCUUAGAUGGAUUUAUUCUUUAUGGUUCCUAUGACAGCAAGAAUCGUAGGGUGAAUGGUCAUGAUAUGUGUGGCAAUGACAUUCCUGAAGUGUAUAUUUCCAUUAGCAACAGGAUUUGGAUAUACUUCCAGAUUAUAAAUCAUGCGAAAUCUAAAUUUGAGCUCAUCUUUGAUGCCGUUCCAGUUGAAAAACAUGAAGGAUCUAAUUUAUCACUGUUGGCUUUGCUAGUAAUUGUUAUACCACUGAUUGCAGCAAUUUCUUUCUGCUAUGUUAAGAAACAAAGAAAAGAAAAACAAAAGAGAGUUGAAGUUCAAGUGUAUGACAGAUUUAGACAGAAACACCAAAGAAAUAAAACUCUGCUAAUGACAAAAAAAGUAAAUAAUGGAGAGAAAAACAACCAGAACUAUCAGAACAGUGUUAAAAUCAGGGUUUCUAGACCAUCUGAUGACUUUGAGGAUUCCCACAGAAGGUUUUUUGAUCCUGAAAUGUCCUCCAUCAGAGGAUCAGGAGAUUACGCAAUGACUCCAGGACAGUUCUGUGUACAUAGAGUGAUUAUGCCGUCUGCAGCUAGCAGUACUGACGGAUCUGUUUUCUUAAAGGAUACACCAGAAGCACAGAUGAUCUCAAACUGUGGGUCAAGUUUGAGUUAUAACAGUAACUUCCUGUCCAUUCCUUCUAAAUUUAGUCACAGAACUCCUCUGCCCUCUUACCUGAGUCUGAGACAACAAACCUCUGAUAGUAGUACUGAGGGUAGUUUAAAGUCAUUAACCAAGAGGAAAAUGAAAGAGCAAACGAAAAAAUCCAUGUUUCCAAACAACAAGACUAUAGGAAGUUUAGAGAGUAUCGCUGAACUUCCACCUUAUAAAGAUCCACCUCCGUAUUAUCGAGACAAAGAUGGUAGUUGUUACAACGGUAAUAAGCAAUUACCAGUUAUGGUAUCUGAUACAUCAGUGUUUUCAAAUGAACAUCCGAAGAAACUUGAUAAGAGGCAAAAAAGAAGAAAAACUGAAAACAAGUCUGCAUCCUUCAUCGCAUCAAAUAGCAGUAGAAAAAGGUCAAAGGGAUCUAUGACAUGUAAUGAAGGUAGAAAUGGUUAUCGUACUGCACUUUUCAGUAGAUGUGCAGAGGCACCAGUAGAUUCGUAUCGCCCUGGUACAGGACAUCCAACAUUUUUGUCAACAUCUAAUUUCCAUAAUAUGAAUAAUUUUGUUUCGUCAACUAAUUUACAAAGAGGAAAAUGGGAAGAUAUUCAUUGCUUGAAUGAUAGUGGGUACAAAUUCUCACAAAAUAGCUGCUGCUCUUUACAAAACUUGACGGAGAUGAAAGAAAUGUGUAAAACUAUGCCGAUCAUUCAUGUGUCAUCUUUUUCAUCAAUCAUCCAGGAACAUAAUACCUUAUCAUACUCAGCCCAUGCCCUUAACCAUGCGACAACUGAAAUGGGAAGCAACUCCACCUCAAACAAUGAAAACAUGUCAUUGAUCAAUGAGGAAGGCGAUGUAUCAGUAAACAAAGAGUUUGACAAUCCUGCUUUUGUGCUGGACGAGUCCCCUCUUAAUCAAAACAAACAAAUGCAGUUUCACCAAACAUGUUCGAUGGAUGAAAAUAAAUCUUUUGUUGAUUUGAAUAAUAACACACAGUUCAAUGAUACUAUGGGAGAAAACAAAUCGUUCAUUGUCAAUGAUUUUUAUCCGGGAGAAAAUCAUUUUAUUGUGCUGGACAGAGGAGAAACUAUUGUUUGAAAUUCAAAACAACUAGGCUUGUCUAUCAUAGUGCUAUGCUUUUUUUCAAGGAAUACAUGAAUUUACAUGAAUUUCAAUUACGAAGUGUUUUGGUUUAGGGUAGUUUAAUCAUGAAAUUAUUAUCAUGUAAACUUUACGUUUAGUACACAUGUGAUAAUGAUGUAAUUUUUUAAGAUGUAUACAAAAUAAGGGUUUUCAUUGUGCAUGCAUGUGGUUCAAUAAACAUUGCAUUGAAUUUAAAAAAAAACACAACAUAAAACAUAUUUUUUGAAACAUUGUGGCCCAUUUCCCAAAGUCUGAAUUAGACUCUAACAUCAUUUUAGUAGAUUAAUUUAUACUACCUUUUUGGGGGAAAAAACGUAGUGGUUGGAAGUAGAUGAUAUUUUACUAAAUUUAAUUACACAAUGGUCAGUGUAAAGUUCAAUAUAUUUUGAGGUUACUACUGUGGAUUCAUUUAUUUUCGUGGGUACAAUUUUUCAUGGAUUGAACAAAACUUGGACUUUCGUGGAUAUUUAAUUUCGUGGUUCUGCCAAAGUCUGCAUGCAAGUCUAUUGAAAAUUUUGUAAUUCGUUGAUCAUUUAAAUUCGUGGUUCAUCUGUACCCACGAAAUCCACGAAAAUUGGUAUCCAACGAAAAAUAAUUAAUCCACAGUAUAACAAAAGAUUUUUUUUUUAAGGUAAACAUAUUUUUUUUAAUUUUCUCUCUUUAUUGCAGGAAAUGAUAACACACAUUGCUUAUAAAGGGAAAUAACUAAUUGUAAUUUCAAGAUCAAGUUUCAAGUUUUGAGCAAGGGCAAUCGAAAUUUUCUAGGAGAUAUGUAUCUUAAACUAACUUGGUGAAAUAAGAUACAGUAAAUAUUGAAGUAUGAUAUAUUUCAUGAUUGUAAUAUGGUAUAACACACUUUUCUCUUGUAGUAUGGUACAACUUAUUAUAAAACAACUAUUGCUAGUUUUUAUAUUUACAAAUGAAAAUAGUUUAAAACAAUAAUAGUUUAUUUAAGAUAAACAUCUUUUGGACAAAAUGUGUCAAUUUUCUUUAUAGUUUAUUCUGAUACAUUGUCAUUUUUGUCGACCCUUCGACUUUAGUGAAAAAAGCGAGACUAAGCGAUCCUACAUUCCGUCGUCGGCGGCGCGGCGUCCACAAAUAUUCACUCUGUGGUUAAAGUUUUUGAAAUUUUAAUUACUUUCUUAAACUAUACUGGAUAUUGUAAAAAUAAAAUUUCAUUUUUUCCGUAUUUUACUUUUAAAUGGACUUAGUUUUUUUUGCGGGGAAACAUAACAUUCACUCUGUGGUUAAAGUUUUUAGAAUUUUCAUAACUUUCUUAAACUAUCCUUGGUUUGUACCAAACUUGGACAGACACUUGUUUAUGAUCAUAAGAUAGUAUCUAGAAGCAAAUUUUAUAACAAAAUAAAUCCAUUUUUUCCAUAUUUUACUUUUAAAUGGACUUAGUUUUUUCUGCAGGGAAACAUUACAUUCACUCUGUGGUUAAAGUUUUUAGAAUUGUAAUAACUUUCUUAAACUAUCCUUGGUUUGUACCAAACUUGGACAGAUGCUUGUUUAUGAUCAUAAGAUAGUAUCCAGAGGCAAAAUUUAUAAAAUAAUAAAUGCAUUUAUUCCGUAUUUUACCUUUAAAUGGACUUAGUUUUUUGCAGGGAAACAUUACAUUCACUCUGUGGUAAAAGUUUUUAGAAUUUGAAUAACUUUCUUAAACUAUCCUGGGUUUGUACCAAACUUGGACAGAAGCUUAUUUAUGAUCAUAAGUUAGAAAAUUGUGUAUAAAGAUAACUCCAUUUUUUCUGUAUUUUACUUUCAAAUUGACUUUGAUUUUCUUCCAGUUAACAUUACAUACAGUCUGCAGUUAAAGUUUUCAACACAUUUAUUAGAUUCAUUAACUGUCCUAGAUUUUUACCAAACUUGGAUAGAACCGUCUUACAAUCAUAGGAUAGUAUCAAGAGGAAUAUUUUUAUUGAUUUUUUGCCUCAUUUUUGUUUAGCCUGCGAUUUACAGCAAAAGUAGGCGAGACACUGGGUUCUUACACAUUUUUUCUAGUAUAUUUUUACUUAUCUAUUAAAUGUACUUUAAAUUCAUGUAUGUUUAGCAAUUUAUACAUUAUCAUGAUUAUGUGAAAAGUUUAUCUAUACUAUACAGUUACAUAUUUAUUCCUGAUAUACUAUAUACUUAUCUAUUUAUGCAACAAAUUUUUACACUUAUUCCGUAGAUAUAUUUAUACAUUUCUUUGUUACUGUGAUCUCAUUUUCUGAAGGUUUUUCAUGUGAGAAAUACAAAAUAAAAUACUCUGAUUCAUCUUAAAUGAGUAUGUUUUUAUAUGAAUAAAAGGUGAUGCUGGGGUGACUCCAAAAGCAUAUUCAAGUUGUGAAUAAAUUAUAUGGAAACAUUUGCAAGAUCUUCUAUUAACACCAAAAUCUUAUCUUAUCAAGAUAAAAAAAAAAUGAUUAAAAUAUUACACAAGACCAACUUUGAUGAGGU